GCACACAGUAGGCUAUGAGAGCUUUCACACGACACGAUCACGGGACGGGAGCCGUGUUGCGCCCGUGAGCACUCACUACAACACACGGUCGUCGUCCCGUGCCCGUGCGUCAGUGGUGUACAGCAUCCUAUGAGAGCUUUCACAUGGGACGAUUUUAGUCGUCUCCUUGCGUCUGUGGCGUGAGGUUGUGUGCGCAACGAUGGGCGAGGAGAUUGAGAUUGACACUGAACGGCUAAUUUCUUUGGUGCAAGAGAGGCCUGUUUUGUGGGACAAGACAGAGGACAUAUACAAAGACAGGAAUGCUACAAAGAAUGCAUGGAAAGAAGUUUGUAUGGAACUGAAACCUGACUUUGAAGAAUUGGAGGACAGAGAGAAAAAUACAUUUGGAAAAGAUGUCAUGAAAAGGUGGACGAACGUUCGAGACUGCUACGCCAAAUUUAACAAGAAAACAAAAGAAGCAAAAAAAUCAGGAGCAGGUGCUUGCAAGGUGAAAUCUUAUAUCUACAGCAAGGAACUACAAUUUCUAUCAAAACUAUAUGAAGAACGAGACACUCAGGACAGCUUUGAUGGUCCAGGAACAUAUGGAUGUUCUACAGAGCAUAUCUAAAAUUAAGGAAGGAAAACUUAGGAAAACAACCACUCAUAACGUCCACAUGUUUUCUCCUUCCGGUGGUUCUCCGUAUCCGACAUUUUGGCAGCAUCAAUCCUACCCUCCCCAUACUAGUCUGCCGCCUCCUGCCCCGCAUCACCAUUCUCAAACAUCCCGGUUCCCCAAUGCAGCUCAACCCGGCCACGUUUCAGGCGACUUCCAGGGCUAUGAGCAGCAGAUGUCUUCAAGCUACGCCGACAAUGCAGUAUCACCAACUCCAACACAGUUUUCAAACGAUUCUAUAGAUUUUACAAGCUAAGAACACAUCAGUUGCAUUAACAUGUGCUACAUAUAUGUUACCCAAUAAAGUAGAUAACUCUAAAA